AUGGCGCGUUUACGUCUGCGCCACCUCCUCCUCCUCUCCGCCGCUCUGGCGUCCGCACGGAGCCACGGCUCCAUCUUUGACGCCGUCGCCGCCGACAGCAUGCAGAAGCUCAAGGCGGCCCUCGAGGCAGACCCGAGUGCGCUCGACGACGGGUACACUCCGAUGCAUGGCGCUGGCUUCCAGGGCCGCGCAGAGAUCGCGAGGCUGCUGAUGGCGCACGGCGUCGACGCGUGGGCGAGCCUGACACUUAUGACGUGCACUCCGACGGGCACGCCCCGAUGCAGCGCGCCUGCUGGGGCAGCUGCCGAGCUUGCGCGUGGAAGCCGCUCUGACCAGUGUGUCAGAGCUGUGCGGUGCGUGUGGAUAGGCGGCGAGCCGCGGCACACCGAGACUGUGGCGGUGUUUAUCGAGGCGGGCGCGUCGGCGGAGGCGCUCGAAAAGUGCGAGGCGGCGACGAGGAACGCGGCCACCAAGGCGGCGGUGGCGCGCGCGGUCGAGGCGUCGAAAAAGGCGGAGCUGUGA